AUGGAUCCUCAGACACCAAAGUCGCAUCGCCGUCGACGUAGCUCGAUGUCAUCGGGCCAGCCCUCGUCCCAACCUAAUACGCCAGAAAGAAGGUCGACAGUGAAGAAGUGGAAAGAAGGAAUUCCGGUUUUUGAAACUGGUCAGCAUCCAGAAUCCAGUCUCCCAUUUUCGUUCGGCGUUGAAUUUGAGCUUCAGCUCCGUGUAAAGAAUGGUACUGGGCUGGAUAUUGGCAACUACCCUGCUGCAGAAGCGUCCUUUUCGGUUAUGCGGCGUUAUAACUUCAGUCUUCUUGAGUCCAUCGCCGAGAUACUGACGCAAGAGGGAAUGGAUGCUGUGAGGCAUGAUAUGUCGAGCGACGACCCGCUGGAUUAUUCGAAAUGGAACGUUGUGCUCGAUGGAUCCCUUUCCAAAGCCCAUAUGAAAGAUGGCUACUAUCUAGUCGAGAUUGUUACUCCGGUCAUACUUGGCGAUGACCAAUGGGCUUCGAAGAUCGACAAAUUUUGGGCCGUUCUGCUCUCAAAAUUCCAAGUAUUACUGGACACUACCAGCGUUUGUCCUGAUAAAUACCGCGCAUGGAAUCUUCUGCCAGCGAGAGAAGGGAAGGCUGGCUCGAUUGAAUUUCGCCGUCCACCGGGUGUAUCCACUGCCAAAAAAGCCAAGCAUUGGAUCGCGUUUACAAUGUCAUUUAUCUACUUGGCAAUUCGAGCGAAUCCUUCUCACCUAUCAUCCAGAGUAGAUGAGAGCAUCGACCUGGACGCUAUACGCCAUCCAGACUUUUUGGAGGAUUUACUUCGUUGCGCAAGACAGUUGGAUGUAUUUGCCCACCUGGAUCCACGAUUGAUUCAGGUAGAUGAUGUGAGCAGACUUCACAUCACGAUGGCACAACCGGAGAGUGUGGCGUGGCUGAGAAGCCUCAAUUUAGGUUACAACCUGGAGAACUUUCGUUGA